AUGCAAGCUCAAAAAUUACUAACACAAACAAUGAAACAUGUUGGCAUACUGAUAAUUCAAGGGGUGUUUUACUUGGUAUCUGCGUUUUCCCUAUGCUUUUGGAAGCUUCAAUUUUUUGAGUCUGUCGACAGAUGGUUUUCACAUUUUAUAAUAUUGAGCACAAGAUAUUUACAACGUAUGAGAACACUGCCAAUCUAUUUGUCUAGAGAUAGUGGUUGGCAUUGUUUGAGAUCCAACAAAAGGAAAGGAUUGAGAGGUACCCAAAACACCGUGAAUGAUUUGAUUAAAUUUCAAACCUUUUGUUUUGCAAAAGUUUUUUGCAAAACUAAUAUAUCAGAAUAUAUUUCUACUAUAGUAACGUCUUGA